AUGGAAAGCGACCGUAUGGCCUACACCCGUUUUAAAGGUAAGUUCUGCAAUAUCUCGGUCAGCGUCCAUGAUCCAACUUUGUCGGCAGAUGACCGUGAUACGUUCUAUGCGAAAUUUCAACUAUUAACAACGUUUCUACAGAAAUAUCACAUGGUCAUAAUCGGGGGAGACUGGAAUGCUCGAGUAGGGCAUAAUACUGCUGCCAUGACCUCGGCAUUUCACAAACAUGGCAUUGACCGAUGCGCCAAUGAGGUUAUGCCUUCUUCGCUUAACGGAAGAGCAUGGAAUUACUAA